AUGAGCUUGCCCGCCGCCGCCUCCGUCCGGCCGCGUUCUCCGCCCAGGAACUCUGAGCCUUACGGCGGGGAGGGCGCGGGCGUUGCUUCGGGCGCCGGGAGGUGCUGCGGAGAAUCGAGGAGGAGUACGGGCAGCCCGAGGGCACGGCGCCCCACGAGGCCGUGCAAGCUGCGGCGUGCCGCGUGCUGCAGGUGGCGGAGGGCAGGAUCCUCCUCGUGUACCACUACUACGGCCACCACCGCCUCCUGCAGCCGACCCGGUCCUUCGUCAAGCCGCCUGCGUCAGAUGGACGGGCGGCCACCCUCGUCGCCGGAGAUGACGCAUGGGUUCCAGCCCGACCCGACCGUCGAGGAGCCCCCGAUGCCGCAGCUGUGGGCGGUCCUGCGGGCGGAGAUGGAGGCGGAGGCCGUGUCGCAGGAGGAGGUGCGAAGGGGCGUGGAGGAGACGGCGCAGGUGCGGGAGGCGAGAGCCCGGGAGGAGGAGGACCCAGCUCUCGUGACGCACAUCUUCGACAUCCACCGCAAUGAGACCGUCCAGUUCAUCCUGCGGCAGAGGCAGUACGACGAGGCCCACCGCGAGGAGACGCUGAGGAAGAAACGCGAGGAGAGAGAAGGGAAAGUCGACAUCAUUGCCCCGUACAUUCCCCUCUUGACGGUCGGUAUUCAGGCUUCUCUCCAUAGCUUUGUUUAUUUAUGA